GCGAAGCCGACGCAGACUAUGAAGCUGCCGUAGGAAAACUCACCGAAUACUUCGCUCCACAAACGAAUAUCGCGUACGAAGUCUAUAAUUUUAGACAAGCAAGACAAAAUCAAGGAGAAUCACUCGAUAGUUAUCACGUUAGACUUCGUCAACUCGCUAAGACUUGCGAUUUUACGGACAUAGACAAAGAGAUGAAAGAACACAUUAUUCUUAGCUGCACUUCGAACACGCUGCGUAGGAGAGCACUUCAGGAUGAAUACAGUUUGGAUAAGUUAUUAAAAGUUGGAAGAUCGUUAGAAAUCAGCGAAAGUCAAGCAAGACAUCUCGAAGGAAGAGAUCAAGCAAUAAAUUCGGUGCGUGGCAGAAACAGAAGCUAUCAAAUGAGACGAAAUUAUUCAUCGCGUGAGGAUAAACCACCCACUCAUUUUAGCAAAAAAAAUAUUCAUACUUCUAAACAAAGUAAAGAGCCACAUCAAACCUGUAGAAAUUGCGGUGGACAUUUUCCCCAUAAACAAGUUUGUCCAGCGAAGGAUAAAGAUUGUAGAGCAUGCGGAAAACGUGGACAUUUUGCACGUGUAUGUCGUACGAAUCCACCGAAGUCGAAACCU